AUGUCAGGAGACCAUCAAGUCCAUAAACGAAUUGGGUCAGCUGAACCCAGCUUCGCUGAAAACCAAAUCAACAAUCCUCGUGCUGGCUUUGAGGUGGAGAAUGAUGGUUUAUUGCCCAUAUCACAUCAAGAGUUGAAAGAUUCCAACUUAAAACCUAAAUCAUCCAAAAAUACUUCCCGAAGUUUGAAUAAGAUUGAUAGACCUGCAUUCAUUGUUUUAAUUAUAUUGUAUUUACUACAGGGUGUCCCGGUAGGAUUAGCAUUUGGAUCUAUCCCUUUUAUAUUGAAAUCAAAGUUAUCGUAUUCUCAGGUCGGUAUAUUUUCAUUGGCAGCAUAUCCGUAUUCUUUGAAGUUAUUAUGGUCACCUAUUGUUGAUGCCAUAUACCACCCAACUAUUGGGAGAAGAAGGUCAUGGAUCAUUCCUAUUCAAACUAUAUCUGGACUCACUUUGAUCUACCUUGGUCUGAAAAUCGACUUUCUCGUAUUGGAUCCUGAAACUCACUUGAAAACUAUUACCAUGUGCUUCUUUUUGUUGGUAUUCUUUUGUGCUACACAAGAUAUAGCAGUCGAUGGAUGGGCGUUGACAUGUUUAUCUCCUGAAUGUUUGUCGUACGCCUCAACUGCCCAGACAGUUGGAAUAAAUACCGGAUACUUCUCAUCAUUUACGAUAUUUCUCGCUUUGAGCUCCCCAGACUUUGCCAAUAAAUACUUAAGAACAGUCCCCAUAGACGAAGGAUUAUUCUCAUUGGGCCUGUAUUUGAAUUUCUGGGGCUGGAUGUACUUGAUUGUUACGGGACUCUUAUUUUUAAUUCCAGAGGACCCUCCACAUUUGGCCAAGCAGAAUAUGGCCAAGCUUUCUAAUGAAAAAGCAAAGGCUGAGUCUAUUUAUAACAAGAACUCGAAGAUGUCUAGUAAUUGGGCCUCAUUGAAGCAUGUCUAUAAUUCAAUGUAUCAGGUAUUAAAGUUGCCAAACGUACAGACGUUUGUUGUGAUCUUGCUUAUUGCCAAAUUCGGAUUCCAAGCUAGCGAGGCUGCAACUAAUUUGAAAUUAUUAGAGAAAGGUUUAUCUAAAGAAGAUUUGUCUAUUACUGUCUUAAUUGACUUCCCGUUUGAAAUGAUAUUUGGCUACUAUGCUGGACGUUGGUCUAACGGCAAAACACCAUUGAAGCCUUGGUUAUUCGGGUUUGCUGGCCGGUUAUUCGGAGCUAUGCUAGCACAAUUGAUUGUCUAUUUCUUUCCGGAGAAUGGUAAAGUUUCGUCAGGAUAUUUCCUUUUAAUUAUUUUGCAGCAUUUAAUUUCUUCAUUCAUGUCUACAAUUCAAUUUGUUUCAUUAUGCGCAUUUCAUACAAAAAUUGCAGAUCCUGCUAUAGGUGGUACAUACAUGACUACUUUGAAUACUUUGUCUAAUUACGGUGGUACUUGGCCUAAAUUGAUUGUUCUAUACCUAAUUGAUAAAUUUACUUUGGCAAAAUGUCAACCAACAACCCAAGUAUCUACAGCAAUUGCCGAAAAUUUGGAUUUUUAUAUAACUUCAGAGACCCUCAAGGAAACAUGUAAGAAUGGUGGUGGAAGAGUAGUACUUUUGAGAGAUGGAUAUUACUAUACAAAUUUCUUUUGUAUUGUUUGUGGUAUUUUCAUAUUAUUCUGGGUCAAAAAGAAGGUUACAUAUUUACAAAGCUUACCGAAUAGUGCAUGGAGGGUAAAUAAAGUAGUGUAG